CAUGAUCCAGCCUUCUCUAGAGCAGAGAGCGAUUAAAUAAAGGCGCUGGUGAACAAGACGAGUUAGACGGUGAGAAGAGGAAGAUGAAUAAUAGAGAAGUUUAGGAAAAAGGAAUAAAGGAAUACAUUUCUUCUUGGUUUGUUUUAAAACAUGAACUGUGAAAUCCAGGGAUGAGACUGUCAACAUCUCUUUUAUGAUACUACUUGGUGGAAUUAUGAAAUAUGCCUCUCCUAAGAAAAAGUAAGUGCUAAGUGAGAUCCAACCAAUGCAGAGGAAACAAUUACAAAUGACAAUGUCUAGUUUGCCAUACAUGUGCACAUAGUUUUUAAAGAGGAAGUUUAUCAGAACCAGCUGUUGCCAGUGACAGACUCUUAAGUUUUCCUCCAGGGAAAGGGAGCAGGAAGUGUGUGAGCUGUGAUGAAGUAACCAGAUGGUACAAGUCUGUACGGAGUUAUGUUUUAUGAGUUUAUUCACAUAGAGAACAGCCAAUUGGAUCGCACAAACAUCUGAGAGCCGCUCCAAAAAAGUAAUCAGGAUCACCACCAAACAUUCGUUCUCCCACAUGUCUUUUCUAAGAUUUGUUUCGACCAAGUGCAUCAUGUGUGGUGUUUGUUAGCAAACUGUGAGGCAGCAUAAAUCACAUGCCUCCAUCUCAGCAGUAGUGAAAUCCUGCCAACUUUCUAUGCGGACACAAAAAGAACUCCACCUACCUUUGGCAGGUCAAACAGAGCAGAACUUCCAAAGCUCAUGAUUUGGUAUUUAAAGGGCUUCUUAUCUGUCUGCAUUUUAUGGAAAAGGAUUAGGGGCACUGAAAAAAAAAAAAAAUAGAAUUCUGAAUUUUUGCUCAACAUUUUGACUUCAAUCUCAGAAUUCUGAGAAAAAAGUCAGAAUGAAUUAUUUAUUUAUUUUUCAUUAGCCCUAAUUCUCUUCCAAAACAUUUCAUUUCUUUUUGGUACUGAUAGUAGAUUGUGGAAGCAAUGCAUAAAGGCAAACCACAUAGACUCCUACAAACCAGAUGUUAUAAAGGGGGGCACAGAGUUUAUUUUGAAUAAUUUGGGAUCCUAUUUCUUUCAGUGUGUCUGGAACAAGAGAUUUUGCCAGAGGUGUUCUGUAUUCUGAAAGUAUUCUGAAAAAUUUGUGUGACUGAAGAGGCCAGAAGUGAGACGGUCUGAGGCAAAAUAAUGCCAAAAUAAACAAACUGUGAAAAUAUGCACAGAAUCUUAAAGAUAGGACCGUAUAUAACCUGUUUAGGUUUAUCAGCAAAACAAGUUGAUCUGGUGAUGAGUGUCACUUUAAACAGAGCAGUUCAGGUAUGUCAUUCUUACAUUUUGUAUUAAACCAAAGCAGGAGGACAGUGGGGGAUUUAAAGUAGCCUCUUCUGUUAUCCAGAUGUGUUCCUGGUGAGUGACAAAUAGCUCCUCCAGGGUUUCAUCACUUGUUGUGUUCAGUGUCACUAUGAGUUUUCAAUGUCUGGAUUUGAAAUGGCACAGCAAUAAGCAGCAUAACAUAUAUAUUUUUUGUGGUUUAUUUAAAUAUAAGGGUAACUGAACCAAUUAAAUCAAAUAAUUGAGAUAAAACAUUAUAAGAUGACGACUCAGUCUACAAUGAAAUGAAAGGUAUAGUACUUCAAGAAUCACUUGUUUUUCUUUUUUUUAUCUUUGCAUUUCAUAUUUCCAUCCAUUGUUUUGUUUUUUUCAGGUCCCUGAAUUGUCUGUCUUUGAUUAAUUUACCUCUUGUUACAGAAUGAAACCUUAGACGUUCUUCCAAGUAAAUGUUGACUCUCAACUCUUUCCAUGUGUCAGUCAACCAGGUUCUUAUUGUGCUACUGUUGCUGCUGGUAUGUUUGCUUCUCCAUAGUUCACUGAAACCCUCCACUCAACUAAAAAAAGCAUACAGGCAGAGCCACAGUUUAACAGCUGACCUCCCAGCUGAAGAGCCUGAAACAGAUGACGUUGUUCCUGUUAUCAUCUGUGCCUCAGAGGAGCGUACUGGGGCAACCAUGGCAACCAUCAACAGCAUCAUUAGUAACACAGAUUCCAGUGUUUUCUUCUACAUUGUUACUCUACGUGAUGCAGUCAAAAUAGCAAGGGGGUAUAUAGAGAAGACCAAGCUGAAAGGCAUCCAGUAUAAGAUUUUAGAAUUUAACCCUAUGGUUCUUAGAGGAAAAGUGAAGCCAGAUUCUUCUCGUCCUGAUCUCCUUCAUCCACUUAAUUUUGUCAGAUUUUACCUACCUCUACUAGGGAUCAGCCACAGGAGAGUCAUAUAUGUGGACGACGAUGUCAUUGUGCAGGGUGACAUUAAGGACCUUUACAAUAUAAAGCUGAAAGCAGGACAUGCUGCUGCUUUUGCCUCUGACUGUGACUUACCCUCCACACAUGAGAUGGUUCGAAGCAUUGGCAUGCAGCUUGUUCCUCAGACCACCUAUAUGGGCUUCCUGGACUACAGAAAGCAAGAAGUGAAAGACUUGGCCAUCAACCCCAACCACUGCUCCUUUAACCCCGGAGUGUUUGUCGCAGAAAUCAAAGAGUGGAAGAAGCAGAAGAUCACCAAACAGCUGGAGAGAUGGAUGGAGGAGAAUUUUAGGCAGAACAUUUACAGCAGUGCCAUGGCAGGAGGCGUGGCCACUCCGCCCAUGCUUAUAGUGUUUCAUGACAAAUACACAGCACUGGAUCCUCUUUGGCAUGUCAGACACCUGGGCUGGAGCCCCGAUGCACGCUAUGCAGAGAGCUUCCUGCAGGGGGCACACCUGCUGCACUGGAAUGGCCCAUUCAAACCAUGGAAUUACCCAGCCGUCCACUCGGAUCUGUGGGAAAGGUGGUUCAUAUCUGACCCGUCUGGAAGAUUCACUUUGACUCGGCCUGCCAGUGAUAGAUAAGGCCCAACGUUGCAGGGACUGAUCCACUCAUUUCAAAAAGGCAUUCUUUUAGUCUGCUGCUCCCACAAAAAGGCUGCCUUUGUGUUAUAACUAAGGGGGUUUCUCUUAACUCCUCCUCUCAUUUUGUUCUCAUCUUAUAAGUUUGUCUUAUGUCAAAAUGUGAACUUAAUAUGUGGAAUCAAGGUCAUACUUGAAAAUAAUCUCUGAAUUAUUGUUCCAUAAAUUGUAAAUAAUGAAUGUAGCUUUACAGGUGAUAAGUUUGGUGUGUUAAGAGUUAACCAUUAAAUGAACUCACAGAAACGAUUCAUGGCAGAGUUAAAUUUUAUGCAUUUACAUCUGUUUGAUUUUAUGUAGGAACUCAUAUUGUAUACAUACAUGCCUUUAAAGUAAUUAUUUUCUACACAAUCUUAUCAAUUCUAGAAUGUAUUGAAUGUAAUUAGUUAGUAUAUA